GGGCAGCGCUAUCCUCGUCAAUUCAUUUGUCUUUAACCAAUUUGUCCAGCUAGUGGAACACGUGGGAAGCCACAAAACACCGCGAUUGACCUAAUUUUUUUUUUUUGCCCUAAAUAUUUAUUCCGCAACUUCUCACCCACGUCCGCUCUACUUUCCCACAGGAGAAACUUUGCGCUAAUAUGACCAAAAUCUUGCUAGCAUGCAGCGUCGUACAGUCUCUGAGAGCAGGGAGUGUUGUUGGCAGAAGAGUUGGAAACACGUUGCCUUGGCUGAGAUUUCAAGCUGCUAAACUCUUCAGCGUGAAGGCUCAGACAGCGCACCUGGUUUUGGAGGAUGGCACCAGAAUGAAAGGUUUUUCCUUUGGGCGCGAUGUGUCUGUAGGUGGGGAACUCGUGUUUAACACCGGCCUGGUGGGGUAUCCUGAGGCCCUGACUGACCCGAGCUACAGAGGUCAGAUUCUGACGCUGACCUACCCAAUCGUGGGGAACUAUGGGGUUCCAAACACCCAGGACCUGGAUGAGCUGGGUCUGAGAAAACAUGUGGAGUCAGAGCGCAUCCAGGUAUCGGGUCUACUGGUUCAAGACUACAGCCAUGAGUACAGCCACUGGAACUCUGUCAAGUCUCUGGGUCAAUGGCUACACGAGGAGAAGGUUCCUGCGCUGUUUGGGGUGGACACCAGAAUGCUGACCAAGAUCAUCAGAGAUAAGGGCACAGUUUUGGGGAAGAUUGAAUUUGAUGGACAGCCUAUUGAGAUAUCAGACCCCAACCAGAGGAACCUUGUAGCAGAGGUGUCAACCAAGGAAACACAAGUCUUUGGAAAAGGAAACCCAAUUAAAGUGGUGGCUGUUGAUUGUGGCAUUAAACACAACAUUAUUCGCCUGUUGGUUAAGCGGGGUGCUGAGGUCCACCUUGUGCCAUGGGACCAGGAAUUGCUGAGCCUAGACUAUGAUGGCUUAUUCAUCUCUAAUGGACCAGGAGACCCAGCUGUGGUCGAGACACUCAUCCAGAAUAUCCGCAAGGUGCUGGAAAGCGAUCGAACCCAACCAGUGUUUGGGAUCUGUAUGGGAAACCAGAUCACUGCUCUGGCUGCAGGAGCUAAGUCGUACAAACUGCCUAUGGGCAACAGAGGCCAGAACCAGCCAGUGCUGAAUGUGAUGACGGGCCAGGCCUUCAUUACAGCGCAGAACCACGGCUACGGCAUAGACAGCGAGUCCCUGCCCCCCGGGUGGAGGCCGCUGUUCAUCAAUGCCAAUGAUGGCACCAAUGAGGGCAUCAUGCACAACACUAAGCCUGUUUUCACAGCCCAGUUCCACCCUGAGGCCAAAGGCGGUCCCACGGACACAGAGUUUCUCUUUGAUACCUUCAUAGCCCUGAUCAAGAAAGGAAAGGAUGCCAACAUAGUGUCAGUCAUGCCCAAGAAACCCAGCAGCCGUCCCAGAGCCCAGGUGUCUAAGGUGCUGGUCCUGGGUUCUGGUGGUCUGUCUAUUGGUCAGGCUGGAGAGUUUGACUACUCCGGGUCUCAGGCCAUCAAAGCCAUGAAGGAAGAAAAUCUGAAGACGGUGCUGAUGAACCCAAACAUCGCGUCCGUUCAGACGAACGAGGUCGGCUCCAAACAGGCCGACUCUGUUUACUUCCUGCCCGUCACGCCUCAGUUCGUCACAGAAGUCAUCAAGGCUGAGCGGCCGGAUGGCAUCCUGCUCUCCAUGGGCGGACAGACAGCGCUCAACUGUGGAGUAGAAUUGUUCCAGCGUGGUGUCCUGGAAAAGUACGGGGUGAAGGUCCUGGGAACCCCAGUGGAAUCAAUCAUGGCCACAGAAGACAGACAGCUUUUUGCUGACAAAUUAAUGGAAAUCAAUGAGAAGAUUGCACCCAGUGUCGCUGUGGAGUCGGUGUCUGAUGCCCUGAAGGCAGCAGAAGAGAUCGGCUACCCCGUGAUGUUACGGUCGGCCUAUGCGCUGGGAGGCCUCGGCUCCGGCCUGUGUGUCAACAAAGAGAAGUUAGAGGAAACUGCCCAAAAGGCUCUGGCAAUGAGCAGUCAGAUCUUAGUGGAGAAGUCUUUGAUGGGCUGGAAGGAGGUGGAGUACGAGGUGGUGAGAGACGUGGCUGAUAACUGUGUGACGGUCUGCAACAUGGAGAACUUUGACCCACUAGGCAUUCACACAGGUGACUCAAUAGUGGUGGCGCCGAGCCAGACGUUGUCCAACGAAGAAUAUCAUAUGCUCCGCGAGACGGCCAUCAAAGUGGUUCGUCACCUGGGCAUCGUAGGCGAAUGCAACAUCCAGUAUGCCCUGCACCCGUCGUCUUUGGAGUACUGCAUCAUCGAGGUUAAUGCCCGUCUCUCCAGAAGUUCAGCUCUGGCAUCUAAAGCCACUGGAUACCCACUGGCAUUUGUGGCUGCUAAGCUGGCUCUUGGAAUCCCACUACCAGAGAUCAAGAAUGCUGUGUCAGAGAAGACCACCGCAUGCUUCGAGCCCAGUCUAGACUACAUCGUCACCAAGAUCCCACGCUGGGACCUGGACCGCUUUCAGGGCAUGUCGCGUGAAAUAGGCAGUGCCAUGAAGAGUGUUGGAGAGGUGAUGGCAGUGGGCCGGACCUUUGAGGAGAGUGUGCAGAAGGCCCUGAGGAUGUGUCAUCCAUCAGUAGAUGGCUUUGUGCCCCGGCUGCCACUCAAGAAAGCCUGGGCUGACACCCAGGACCUUCAAAAGGAGCUCGCCGUGCCCUCCAGCACCCGCAUCUUCUCCCUCGCCAAGGCUCUGCACAGUGGCGUGAGCGUCGAUCAGAUCCACCAGCUGACGGCCAUCGAUAAGUGGUUCCUCCACAAGCUCCGCAGGAUAACGCAGCUGGAGCAGCACCUCGCGAACUACACGAGUGACACGGUGCCUGAUGAGCUGCUGCUGAAGGCUAAGCAGGAUGGGUUUUCUGAUCGGCAGAUCGGUCAGUCUCUGGGCUCCAGUGAGCGAGCAGCCAGGGAGCUGAGGCUUUCUCAUGGCAUCAGACCCUGGGUCAAACAGAUUGACACUUUGGCAGCAGAGUAUCCAGCCAUGACCAACUAUCUGUACUGUACCUAUCACGGUCAGGAGCAUGACGUUGACUUUAAAGACCAGGGGAUCAUGGUUCUUGGUUGCGGGCCGUACCACAUUGGGAGCAGUGUGGAGUUCGACUGGUGUGCAGUAUCCAGCAUCAGAACCUUAAGACAGAUGGGCAAGAAGACGGUGGUGGUGAACCACAACCCUGAGACGGUCAGCACGGACUUUGAUGAGUGCGACCGCCUUUAUUUUGAAGAGCUGACCCUGGAGCGCAUUCUGGACAUCACCCAGCAAGAGGGCUGCUCUGGCACCAUUGUGUCUGUCGGGGGCCAGAUCCCCAACAACCUGGCCGUACCCUUACACUUGAACGGGGUGAAGAUUCUUGGGACGAGCCCCCUGCAGAUUGACCGAGCUGAAGAACGCUCUGUCUUCUCCAAGAUCCUGGAUGACCUUGGCGUAGCCCAGGCCCCAUGGAAGGCCCUGAGUUCUCUGGAGGAUGCCUUUGCAUUCGCCAACCAGGUGGGAUAUCCCUGUCUUCUUCGCCCGUCCUAUGUCCUCAGUGGCUCCGCGAUGAACGUGGCGUACGGAGAACAGGAGAUGAAACGCUUCUUGGAGGAGGCCACUCAGGUGUCCCAGGAACAUCCAGUGGUCAUCACCAAGUUCAUGCGGGGCGCCAGGGAGGUGGAAGUGGAUGCUGUGGCCAAGGGAGGCAAGGUUUUAGCCCAUGCCAUAACGGAGCAUGUGGAGGAUGCUGGCGUUCACUCAGGAGAUGCCACCUUGAUGCUGCCAACACAGACCAUCAGCCAAGGGGCACUGGAGAAGGUGAAGACCGCCACCUGUAAAAUCGCACAGGAAUUUGAAAUUUCUGGGCCCUUUAAUACUCAGUUCCUAGUCAAAGGCAAUGAUGUUAUGGUGAUCGAGUGUAACCUGCGGGCGUCGCGCUCCUUCCCUUUCGUGUCAAAAACAAUCGGCGUGGACUUCAUCAACGUGGCAACCAAGGUGAUGGUGGGGGAAGGACUGGAUGAGGCCCGCCUCCCCUCGCUGGAGAAGCCCAUCAUUCCUGUGGAUUACGUCGGCAUCAAGGCACCGAUGUUCUCCUGGCCACGGCUGAGGGAUGCUGACCCUGUGCUGCGCUGUGAGAUGGCCUCCACUGGCGAAGUAGCAUGCUUUGGAGCAAACAUUUAUUCAGCCUUCCUGAAGGCUAUGCUCUCCACAGGCUUCAAGCUGCCACAGAAGGGCAUCCUGAUUGGGAUUCAGCAUUCGUUCCGACCCAAUUUCCUGUCUGCAGCGCAUCAGCUGAAAGAGGAAGGAUUCAAGCUGUUUGCCACCGAGGCUACAUCUGCCUGGCUGUGCGCCAAUGACGUGCCCGCCACUCCUGUGGCCUGGCCCACGCAGAACGAAGGAGACACCAGUUUGCCCAGUAUUAAGAGACUGAUCAGCGAGGGCCAGAUUGACCUGGUGGUAAACCUGCCCAAUAACAACACCCGCCACCUGAAGGAUAACUUCCUCAUCCGCAGACUGGCUAUCGACCACGGCGUCCCCCUCAUCACCAAUUACCAGAUUGUGAAGCUGUUCGCGGAAGCUGUGCGCUAUGCGGGCGAGCUCGACUCCACCAGCCUGUUCCACUACCGGCAGAAGGAAAGUCAACAGAGAGGGUCUGGCCAGCACAGCUAGUGCCUCCUUCACUGCGCCUCCUCUAGUGGAAGCACCUUUCUGUUCACCUCUCUUCAUCCUCUGCUGGUCUAAGGGUUCAGGUCAUAGUAUUUAACACACUCGGUGUCUUGUGAGUUUUAAAAAUGAAGUUACUAAAAGUAAAGCAUUAUACCAAUCUAGAAAUUAAUUAAGUAAUGAGCAAUGAAUGAACUGGUAAUCAAUCAAAAGCCUUUGUUACGACCUAUAAGCCUGUUACUAAAGUGGCCCACAGCGUAAUUAUGCUGCCUUUACCAAAGUGGAUCCCUGAGGUUCACAGGAACUGGUUGUUGCUGUUACACUGGGUUUUUCUUGUACAGUUCCUUUUUGUUAUUUAUGAUCAGUUUUUUUUUUUUUUUUUCAUUUUCUCUCAUUCAGUACAUUCUUUUUAUAUACCAGAUUGUUUUAGCAAAUGUUUACGUUUAGUAUUGUUCACGAUACAAAAUUCACUAUAUGACUGGGUUUUAAAAAGCCUGUCCACUUGAAAUCCAGCACAUUUUCACUGUGGAUUCGCACCUUAAAUGCAUCACAGGGGUGACUUUAAUGCACAGACACACAAAAAGAUGUAAAGCAAAGCCAAAGGUUCACAUUCAUGGUGCUAACUACAGUUCUGAAGGGACGUACAGUUUACAGUAUAAUGUAGCGAGUAAGUAAAGGUAACCAAAGUACUACAUUUCAUAAUACAUGUUAAUCCAUCUGUUUGCUAUCAUAUUAAGGUUGGUUAAGUUUGUAUAUAAUGUUUGUGUCCCACUGAGCCUCAUCUGAGCUUUUAAGUUUACAUUUGUGAGAAUCCACUUGUACACAAUGAAGUCUUGUGUGUUGUUGAAGCAUCCAUUAAAUAUGCUUAUGCUCUGUACAUCAGAGCCUCUUCUGUA